AUGAGCUAUCAGAACUUUUCCCGCGAGCAGAUGCAGGCGAUGGAUGCCGCGCACCAUCUGCACCCCUUCACCGACCAUGCCGACCUGCGCGCGGCGGGCAGCCGCAUCAUCACCCGCGCCGACGGUCCUUAUGUCUAUGACGCGCUGGGCAACGAGAUCCUCGACGCGAUGGCGGGCCUUUGGUGCGUCAAUGCCGGCUAUGGCCGAAAGGAGCUGGUGGACGCGGCCACCGCGCAGCUGGAGGAGUUGCCCUACUACAAUUCCUUCUUCCGCUGCACGACGCCGACGCCGGCGCUGCUCGCCGACCGGCUGGCGCGGAUCGCGCCCGACCACAUCAACCAGGUCUUUUUCGGUUCGUCCGGAUCGGAGGCCAACGAUACCGCGCUCAGGCUGGUGCGCCAUUACUGGGCGCUGGAAGGCCGGCCGGAGAAGAAUAUCGUCAUCUCGCGCGACUGGGCCUAUCACGGCUCGACCAUCGCGGCGACAUCGCUCGGCGGCAUGGCGGCGAUGCACGAGCAGCUUUAUGGCGCGGUGCCGAACAUCCGCCAUGUCAUGUGCCCCUACGCGUUCGAACUGGCCGAACCGGGCGAGAGCGAUCGCGAUUUCGGACUGCGCGCGGCCAAGGCCGUCGAGGACGCGAUCGUCGAGGCCGGUCCGGACAAUGUCGCCGCCUUCAUCGGCGAGCCAAUCCAGGGCGCGGGCGGCGUCAAGAUCCCGCCGGCCAGCUACUGGCCGGAAAUCCAGCGCAUCUGCGACAGGUACGACGUGCUCCUGAUGCUGGACGAGGUGAUCACGGGCUAUGGCCGCACGGGAGAAUGGUUCGCGGCCCAGUCGAUGGACAUCGCGCCGGACACGAUCACAACGGCCAAGGGCCUGACAUCGGGCUAUCAGCCCCUGUCGGCACUGCUGGUCGGCGACCGGAUUGCCAAGACGCUGGUCGACAAGGGCGGCGAGUUCUAUCACGGCUACACCUAUUCGGGUCAUCCGGUGGCCUGCGCGGUGGCGCUGGCCAACCUCGAGAUCAUCGAGCGCGAGGGGCUGAUCGACCGGGUGCGCGAGGACACCGGCCCCUAUCUGGGCGAAGCGCUGACGGCCGGGAUCGGCGAUCAUCCGCUGGUCGGCGAGGUGCGCACGUUCGGCCUCCUGGCCGGCAUCGAGAUCGUCAAGGACCGCGACACGCGCGCCCGCUUCGAGCCCGAGGGGCAUGCCGCGUCCGUUGUCCGCGAUCACGCGAUCGAGGGCGGUCUGAUGAUGCGCGCGGUGAUGGACACGAUGAUUCUGUCGCCGCCGCUGAUCUGGACGCGGGAGACGAUCGACACGGCCGUCGACCGGAUUCGCGCCGCGCUCGACAAGGCUGCAAAGGACCUGCGCUGA